CAUCUCUUGAGAUUUAAAUGUCAAUAUUCAGACUGACUUUCUCCUUUUAUUAUCAAAUAACUAUGCAAACCAAAACCCAAUUAUUACCUAUCAACUUUAGAGCUGAAUGGAAAGAAACCCUUGUCCGUGAAAUGGUUGGAAAGAAGCUCUAUCAAUUGCGUACACCUUCACUUGUUAUUUCAAGACCAAUCCUCGAACGAAACUGUAACCGUCUUGGAAAAAUCACGACAGAACUCGGCCUGAAUAUUAGAGUACACAUCAAGACACACAAGACUGUUGAAGGUGCUCGUAUUCAGCUCACUGGUGCUAACAGCCAUGCUAUUGUCGUUUCCACUUUGCCCGAAGCCUAUGCUAUGAUUCACUCUGAUUUGGUAGAGAGCGGGCUUUUGAAAGAGGUUCUUGUUGGUUUCCCAAUUACUCCUGAUAAAUUCGAUGAUGUAUUUGAACUUUCAACCAAAGUACCCAAGUUUCAAAUAUUCAUAGAUAACUUGGCAACCCUAGAAGCAUUAGAGGCUUACUACAAAGAGAGAUUUGGAGACGAUAACCAUGUUCAUCCCAUUUAUGUAUUUUUGAAAAUAGAUUGUGGCUAUGGACGUGCUGGUGUCCCUCUAAACGAUUCCAAAACGGUAGAGCUAGCCAAAAGACUUCAGAACUCAACAUGUGUUGUUUUUGAUGGCAUGUACACACAUGCAGGCCAUUCCUACUCUUCCAAGAGCCCUCAAGAGGCACUUGAAUACCUCAUAAACGAAUGCAAUGUUGCACGUCAAUUCCGUGAUUUCCUGAAAGACAAUGGUGUCGAUAUCAAAUACAUUUCUAUUGGUGCUACGCCUACUGUGAAGGCCAUUAGUGCAUUCAUGCAUCAAACUGAUCACAUCAAAGACAUUCUCAAGGACAUCAAUGAAGUCCAUGCGGGUGCAUUCGCCUUUCUUGACAAACAACAAGUGGCUACUGGCUUAAGUACUUUUGGCGAUGUCUCCAUUUCAGUUGCAACUCGUAUUGCCAGUGUUUAUCAUGAACGCAACAGUGUCUUGAUUGAUGGUGGUGCAUUAGCCUUCUCAAAAGACACAGCCCCUCAAGGGGGUUUUGGUUUUGUUGUGGAUAUGCAUGACAAAGACCAACAAGGAAAGCCUAAGAUCGUUGCUUCUGUCACGAAAAUUUCUCAAGAACAUGGUAUUCUUCAACGCUUGGAUGGGUCUACUUUGUCAAGGCCUGAUUUGCAAAUUGGAAGUGUGGUUCGUGUUAUUCCCAAUCAUUGCUGCUUGGCUGCUGCUUGUCAUCCGUUAUAUCUUAUUGUAGAAGACGAUGAUACUGUCGUGGAUGUUUGGGUGCCUGUUCGAGGCUGGUAGACAUAUUUUAUGCAUUCAAUGAUCAAAUAAACUUAUUCUAUACAAAGGAAUUGGUACUACCAUUGACAUCUAAUUCUUUACGCUUGUAAGCUUGUUCUAUGUCAGUACAAAGUGUUUUUUUUAUACAAGACACCGUGUCUAUCAAGACUCAAUAGUAAACAAGUGAAAGUAUUGUGCAGCUCUAUACUUUAGUUUGAUUCAAGUAGCAUAACGUGACUAUGAACGCGUGAGUUGGAAAAAUAAACGAAAUUUUCUUUUGGAGCGUGUUACUCUUAU